GUGACGCAGGGGGCGCGCUGACGUCACGGCGCGUGAGGGCGGCCUGGUGGCUGUGAGGGGAAGAUGGCGGCCGUCCGGAGCCGGAAGCGCCUCAUUCUGAGUGUGGUAUACUAAACUUUAUGAAUCUUCAAUCAAAACAUAUCAUUGGUGAUCUAGAAAGAAAUUGUCAACAUGGCUACGGAAAUUGGUUCUCCACCUCGAUUUUUCCACAUGCCCAGGUUCCAACACCAAGCCCCCCGGCAGCUGUUCUAUAAGCGCCCCGACUUUGCCCAGCAGCAGGCAAUGCAGCAGCUCACCUUCGAUGGGAAGCGGAUGAGAAAGGCCGUGAACCGAAAAACCAUAGACUACAAUCCUUCUGUAAUCAAAUACUUGGAGAACAGAGUAUGGCAGAGAGAUCAGCGAGAUAUGCGAGCCAUCCAACCCGAUGCUGGAUAUUACAAUGAUUUGGUCCCACCAAUAGGCAUGCUGAAUAAUCCCAUGAAUGCCGUAACAACAAAAUUUGUUCGGACGUCUACCAAUAAAGUCAAAUGUCCAGUGUUUGUUGUCAGGUGGACCCCCGAAGGAAGGCGGUUGGUCACCGGGGCUUCUAGUGGAGAGUUCACCUUGUGGAAUGGACUCACAUUCAAUUUUGAAACUAUAUUACAGGCUCACGAUAGUCCAGUGAGGGCCAUGACCUGGUCACACAAUGACAUGUGGAUGUUGACGGCAGAUCAUGGGGGAUAUGUGAAAUAUUGGCAGUCCAACAUGAACAACGUCAAGAUGUUCCAGGCACAUAAGGAGGCGAUUAGAGAGGCCAGUUUCUCACCCACGGAUAAUAAAUUUGCUACAUGCUCUGAUGACGGCACUGUUAGAAUCUGGGACUUUCUACGUUGCCAUGAGGAAAGAAUUCUUCGAGGCCACGGUGCAGAUGUGAAGUGUGUAGACUGGCAUCCAACAAAAGGAUUAGUUGUUUCUGGAAGUAAAGACAGUCAACAGCCAAUCAAGUUCUGGGAUCCAAAGACUGGGCAGAGCCUUGCCACGCUACAUGCCCACAAAAACACAGUAAUGGAAGUGAAGUUAAAUCUCAAUGGCAAUUGGCUGCUAACCGCAUCGCGCGACCAUCUCUGUAAGCUUUUCGACAUCCGGAACCUAAAAGAGGAGCUACAGGUCUUUAGAGGGCACAAGAAAGAAGCCACAGCUGUGGCCUGGCAUCCUGUCCAUGAAGGUCUUUUUGCCAGUGGAGGAUCUGAUGGCUCUUUACUGUUUUGGCACGUUGGGGUAGAGAAGGAGGUGGGUGGAAUGGAAAUGGCACAUGAAGGAAUGAUUUGGAGCCUGGCCUGGCACCCUCUUGGACAUAUUCUGUGCUCCGGAUCAAAUGACCAUACCAGCAAAUUCUGGACUCGAAAUAGGCCUGGUGAUAAAAUGCGAGAUCGUUACAACCUAAACCUGCUGCCUGGAAUGUCAGAAGAUGGAGUGGAAUACGAUGACCUUGAACCCAAUAGCCUGGCAGUGAUUCCAGGAAUGGGAAUACCUGAGCAGUUGAAACUAGCCAUGGAACAAGAGCAGAUGGGAAAAGAUGAAUCAAAUGAAAUUGAAAUGACAAUUCCAGGUUUGGAUUGGGGAAUGGAGGAGGUGAUGCAAAAGGAUCAAAAGAAAGUGCCACAGAAAAAAGUUCCUUAUGCAAAACCUAUUCCAGCUCAAUUUCAGCAAGCUUGGAUGCAGAAUAAGGUUCCGAUCCCUGCCCCCAAUGAAGUACUGAAUGACAGAAAGGAGGAUAUUAAAUUGGAAGAGAAGAAGAAGACCCAAGCAGAAAUCGAACAGGAAAUGGCAACACUUCAAUACACAAAUCCACAGCUAUUGGAGCAACUCAAAAUCGAACGGCUCGCCCAGAAACAGGCAGAACAAGUUCAGCCUCCCCCCCCAGGUGGCCCUCUGCUUGGACCCCAGCCCUUUCCAGGACAAGGCCCAAUGUCUCAGAUGCCUCAAGGUUUCCAGCAGCCCCUUCCUCCCCAGCAGAUGCCAAUGAACAUGCCUCAGAUGGGACCGCCCGGUCCGCAGGGACAGUUCAGGCCCCCGGGCCCCCAGGGCCAAAUGGGACCCCAGGGCCCCCCCUUACACCAGGGAGGUGCCGGCCCCCAAGGAUUUCUGGGACCCCAGGGGCCUCCGGGACCCCAGGGGCCUCCACAAGGGCUGCAGAGGCCUCAGGAUAUGCACGGCCCCCAGGGAAUGCAGAGACACCCGGGCCCCCAUGGACCGAUGGGACCCCAAGGGCCACAGGGAGGUUCGGGUCCUCAGGGCCACCUGGGACCCCAAGGUCCACCCGGUCCACAGGGGCACAUGGGACUUCAGGGGCCCCCCGGUCCCAGAGGGCUGCAAGGACCCCCGCACCCUCACGGAAUGCAAGGAGGACCGGGAUCUCAAGGGAUGCAAGGCCCCGUUUCCCAGGGACCGCUGAUGGGACUCAAUCCAAGGGGAAUGCAGGGCCCCCCCGGGCCCCGGGAUAACCAAGGGCCCGCUCCCCAAGGGAUGAUGAUGGGUCAUCCGCCUCAAGAAAUGCGAGGACCUCACCCUCCGGGCGGACUUCUGGGACACGGCCCCCAGGAGAUGAGAGGCAUGCAGGGCCCCCCGCCCCAGGGAUCGAUGCUCGGACCGCCGCAGGAGAUGCGCGGGCCGCCGGGUUCGCAAGGCCAGCAAGGGCCGCCUCAGGGCUCUUUGGUAGGGCCUCCCCAGGGAGGCAUGCCAGGCCCACCGGGACCUCAGGGCCAGCAGAACCCGUCGAGAGGACCCCAUCCGUCCCAAGGCCCGCUACCGUUCCAGCAGCAGAAAACGGCCCUGCUCGGGGAUGGCCCCCGGGCCCCCUUCAAUCAGGAAGGACAGAAUCCUGGUCCCCCGCCACUGAUCCCAGGACUGGGGCAGCAGGGAUCGCAAGGUCGGAUCCCCCCUCUUAACUCAGGACAAGGACCCGGUCCAAAUAAAGGUGACUCCCGCGGCCCCCCAAACCAUCACAUGGGCCCGAUGGCGGAAAGAAGGCAUGACCAGAACAGUGGUCCAGAUCACGGUCCCGAGAGAGGGCCGUUCCGAGGGGGUCAGGACUGUAGAGGCCCACCCGACAGACGCGGGCCUCACCCGGAUUUUCCCGACGAUUUCAAUCGACCGGACGAGUUUCACCCGGACAAGCGGUUUGGACACAGACUGCGGGAAUUUGAGGGAAGAGGCGGACCUCUGCCACAGGAGGAGAAAUGGAGACGAGGGGGCCCGGGACCGCCGUAUCCUCCCGAUCACAGGGAUUUCAAUGAGGGAGAUGGACGGGGCUCGAACCGUGGGCCUCCUGGAGCUUGGGAAGGACGCAGGCCCUCAGACGAGAGAUUCCCACGGGAUCCCGAGGACCCCCGUUUUCGCGGGCGACGGGAGGAGAGCUUCAGAAGAGGAGUCCCUCCCAGGCAUGAAGGUCGGGGCCCCCCAAGAGGACGGGAUGGUUUCCCUGGCCAUGAAGACUUUGGGCCAGAGGAGAAUUUUGACUCGUCGGAUGAGAACAUGAGAGGAAGAGAUCCUGGGGGCCGGGGCCGUGGUAGAGGUGCCCUGAGAGGAGGUCGGAAGGGUCUGCUUCCCACUCCAGAUGAGUUUCCCCGCUUUGAAGGAGGACGGAAACCAGACUCGUGGGAUGGAAAUAGAGAACCAGGUCAUGAGCAUUUCCGGGAUGGUCCCCGUCCUGAUCAUCCUCCCCAUGACGGACAUUCUCCUGCAAGCCGAGAACGCUCCUCCUCCCUCCAGGGGAUGGACAUGGCUUCGCUGCCGCCCCGCAAACGCCCCUGGCAUGACGGGCCUGGAACAUCUGACCACAGGGAAAUGGAAGCCCCCGGUGGGCCUUCAGAGGAGAGAGGUAAAGGACGAGGCGGCCCGGGGCCAUCCCAGAGGGUGCCGAAGUCUGGACGGUCCAACUCCUUGGAUGGAGAUCACCACGAUGGGUACCACAGAGAUGAACCUUACGGGGGCCCCCCCGGCGGGGGUGCCUCAUCCCGAGGGGGAAGGAGCGGCAGUAACUGGGGGAGAGGAGGUAACAUGAACUCUGGCCCGCUGAGGCGAGGAGCGUCUCGAGGUGGUGGACGGGGCCGGUAGAAGAGGUGGAGACUGGGCGACCCCCAGUCCGUAACGGACAGUAUUUAAACACUUCUCGUGGACUCAACCAAAAGAAACCAAGGAAUCCUGCACCGCCGCAACUCCGGACUCUCAGCCGGGGCAUUGGACUCCCUAAUAAAGUCUCCUCGAUCCGGUGACUGCUCCAGGCUGCACCCCUGCAGCCGGUUUCCCGUUUUCGUCCUCCCCCGCCCCCAUUCCUCUCACCACCCCCUACGUUGUUUCGUGAAGAUAAAAGCUGGAAUUUUUUUUUUCUUUUUUUUUAGUGACGUGAGACAUGGAGCACCUCCCCGAAUUUCGGUUCAUGUCCGACGGAAAACCUGUUUCUAUAUGUACAGUUUGUCUGGAGAAAAUGUUCAGUUGUUUUUGUAUGAAUACAGAAUGUGAUUUGCGCAACGAUUAACAUAAAACGGCCGGCCGGUGACUCUCGUAACUUAGCCCCAACUGCACUUGUGAAUCAGUUGCCUCGUUGAUCUCGGUGCGAGAGAUCCCUCAGCUAAUCGAAAGAGCCGAUCGUGCCGCUUUUAUAACACAGAGAUAUAAAAGGACUUUGGGUUCAC